AAGCAUGCUCAGCUCUACCGUGGCAGAUUAGAAGCGUAAAGGUAUUACGAUCAGUGUUUGUUAUAGAUAUUACCGCCGAUAAACACCAAAUGGCGGGAGAGGGAAAACUUGGGCCUUGCAUGCAGUGCGUUCGAUGCAUGUUGUUCGUCUUCAAUGGUCUGUUCUGGCUUACAGGAGGUGGCCUGCUUGUUGUGGGUAUUUGGGCUCGCAUUCAGUUCAGUGAUUACAUGAAGUUGUCAAGUCAUGAUUACUCCACAGCAUGCUAUGUAUUGAUUGGUGCUGGAGCCCUUGUCAUAAUUAUUGGUUUCCUUGGUUGUUGUGGAGCCUAUAAAGAGCAAGUAUGCAUGUUGAAAACAUUUGCAGUGAUUCUUGGGUUUCUCUUCCUGGUUGAGCUUGGAGGUUCUAUUACUGGAUAUGUCUUCAGGGAAAAAAUUAAGAGUGGUUUCAGUGAGGGAUUGAGUGUUGCAUUGGAUGACUACAAACAGGAUGGAUUUAAAAAGGCUUGGGAUGGACUGCAGUCAAAACUUGAAUGUUGUGGUAAUAAAAAUUAUUCAGACUGGUUCUACAAAGAAUGGACUACAGAUGAAACAUACAACAAUUCAGUGCCCCAUUCUUGCUGUAUCAAAGAUGAAGUUAGCUGUAACAUUAAUGUUACAAACCACCCAGCCACAGUCUAUUCAACAGAGGGAUGCUAUGAUGCUGCAGUUAACUUCUUUGAGGACAAGUUGUUAAUCAUUGGAGGUGUUGCCCUAGGAAUUGCUCUUUUUCAGCUUAUUGGUGUGGGAUUGUCAUGUUGUUUGGCAAGCAGUAUCCAGCAUUCCAGUAAAUAUGAACUGGUUUAGUCAAUUUCGUCAUCCCACUUGAAUUAAUAAAAUGAGAAGCCUGGGUUUAUAAUUCUGAAUUAUGGUAGAAAAGUGCACUCAUGAAGUCUAAGGGUAUCAGAGAAGCCCACUUAGGGGUAGAUGCCUCACAAUUUUGCAUCGUCUUAUGUUGUGACAAUGUUGUUAAACCUACAGAAAUGAGUGUUGGUGAAAUAUGUUUAUUCUUAUCAAAUGUUGUUGCAGCAAAAAGUUUGUUCUAUGGUUUUUAACACCACCUAUAUGUACUUUGCAUUAUGCUGACCUUGUUUAAGUGUAGUCUUGUGAGGUGGGGCUGGUUGGGAAAAAUAAGUGGGAUCAUUAAAAAGUCACUGCCUUAUCAGUAAAAGUCUGGUAGUCAUUUUUGAAUAAACAUCUGCUGCAUCACCAGGAGAAUGAAAUGCAAGUCUUAUAAAUGAAAAAAACGUUUUUGUUGCUAAUUUUAAGCUUUCAAUAUUUAAAUUAAUUACCUCCUCCACCUACAUGUAGUCUGUUUCCAAUGGUUUUGUAUUGUCAUUGCCUAGCUCAAAUUUGCAUGGCUGUGUCCUUUUUAUUUAGUAAUGGGAGAGAAGAAAAUUAAUCUUAAACCUUGGACAAAUCUUGUUAGUAAUAGUAGUUUAAAUUACCCUAAGUUCCUCUGUCAGUGCUGGAUAAAGAAAAUUCCCAAUUUUUACUUUAUCAAAGUGUCAGCAAAUGUUGUACCUGGGUGAACAGAGGAAGCUUUCACAGAGACUGAUACUUUGUGACUGAAGUUGUAGCUAUAGGACCAGGCUUACUAUUCUUCUUAUUAUUUGAUGUUACAUUUUUCCCUGGUUGAGAUUUGAAUAACUCUUUAAGUGUGUACAUACUCUUUUACCAAACUUCCCAUUGCAAUGUGAUAGAAUACAAACAUACCUAAGUUUUUUUUAUUAGUUUUUUGUAAUUAUUUACCAAAUUUUGCUGCUUAGCUUAGUUGCACACUAACACUGUUCUGUUCUGGUUGUUUUAAUUUUAACAACUUUUUCUGUCAUUAAACAUGAACAUGUG